AUGGAAGUAGAAGUACCCGGCGGAUCAGAAGCCGUCGGCGGAACCGAUACAGGAAGUGAAUCGAGUUUCAAAGUAUCACAAGUAGAAAUAGAAGACGUUGAGGAGAAUCUAAAAAAUGCUGAAGCAAUUUUUGAGCAUCUCGAGCAACUUCCAUUUCAAGUUUUUAUACUCAGCGAGUUUGGAAAACCUAUUUUUGUAAACAAUGACAGAAACGAAGGAGAAGUUGUGAGUCUGGCAGCAUUAAUAUGCGCCUUUGUGAGUCGAUGCCAAUCAUGGGGUGACAGUUUGAUGACGAUGACGUCACAAGAUAAUCAUAUCCAAUUCCUGCACAAAUCACCACUCAUUUUCUGUGUCGUUUCGAAAUAUCCAGAACAACUCGAUCAACAAUUGGAGGUUCUUUUUGAACAAAUUUGUUCGAUUCUUUCAAAAAGUCAAUUAGAGAAUGUAUACAAGAAGAAAGGAGACAAUUACGAUCUUCGGAAACUUCUACGUGGCACUGAUCGACUCAUUGAUUCUUCGAUUUCUUCGUGGAGAGCAUCUCCAAUCAAUCUCGUCGACUCUUCGAUUUCCGCGAUCCCAAUGAAUCCAUCAGACCGAGAAUUCCUGUCAACAACGAUGGCAUCUAGUCUUGGAGCUGCUAAACUGGAUGGUGCUCUCUUUGGAAUCAUGAUUGCACGAAGACAAAUUGCAGCAAUUGUUCGAUUUAAGAAAUAUGUAAUACAUCCUCGCGACUUGAACAUUCUCAUCAACCUUGUCUCUGAUACAACUCUACAAACAGAUUCUCAAAACUGGGUGCCCAUCUGUUUGCCACGUUUCAACGACACUGGUUUCUUCUAUGCAUAUAUUUCUUAUCCAUGGUGCAAAACCGACCAAGAAGAUAUACCAGCUUGUCUCGUAUUACUAUCUGUGAAGCGAGAUCAUUUUGAUGGACUGAAGGAAGUUCGGCAGCAAAUUGUGACUAAAUUAGAGGGUAAUGCAAAGUUUUUCACAAACUUUUCUCAAGCCGUCAAGACGCCGAACCUCUAUCAAAUCUCACAAAUCGGCUCGAAUUCGGAAUCGCUUUGGUCAUUUUUGUAUCUGAAUCACUCAUCGAAACAAGUUUGUAUGUCUUCUUCAAAAAUCCCGUUGAUAACUCGUGCCGAACGAUGGAUUGCCCGAUGUGAAAUGCGUCGAUCAUCAUCAUUGUCAACACGACAUCCACAUCUUCGAACUCUUUUUGUUCGUGGAACCAGGCAUUGUCUCUUUGUUUGGGUUACAGAUUUAUUCUCGUUGUACUGCAUUUUUGGUCCAUUCGUCACUGCCACAAUUGCAUUCCAAGUUGUUGAAAAACUUCUGAAAUCGCUGAAAUCACACGAACAACGAUACUUCAUCAUUAAUACGACCUCGUUCUAG